AUGAAGUUGGUUCGGCGGGCGCGAAAGAGCAUUCGCGAGCGGCGAAUGAAGGCGUGCAUGCGGGAUCUUAGCGCCAACCUCGAGCGGGUGGAGAUGCGUGUAUAUAAACAGCAGAAGCACCAGCGGCAGCAGCAGCGGCGGGUGGCCGGCCUCCGCCCGGAGAAUUUCGUCCCGCCGGAUGUACUCCGCGGAGAGAUGAAUGCGGAGCUGCACGAGAUUGAGUGUAGACUCCACCGCGAGGCGGGACUCCCACCGCCACCGCCACUUCAUCUGCAGAUGCGGGGCGAUAGAAAACACGACACUCAACGGCCAGGCACACGGCGCAUUGGCUUUGUCGAGUUUGGCGCAAUCGCACAGACCGUAAUGCAGCGCCACAGUUGUGCCUGCUAA